CGCCGCUAGCAGACAAAGGCUCGGCGGGAACUCCAAGUCCCAGCAUGCCUUGCGCGGGGUCAAGGGGCGGGGUCAGGGGGCGGGGUCAGGGGGCGGCUGCGGGGCCCGUUUCCCUGUCCCCACAGGUCCCGUUUGGUGAAACCCGACACGUCCGCGAGUGGUUGGGUGUCAGCGGUGAGGUGGGGAAACCACCAUCAGAACAUCCUAAACGCCCGGUCUUGGGUCUGACCUGCAAGAGGGCAGAGGUGAGCGGCACCCGUUUUUGGGGGCUGGUCCGGACCCUCUGCCCAAACCCCCACGUCUUUUUCCGUCACUGCUUCGUCCACAAUCAUUGCCCCCUCCUCUUCCUCGCUUCCAGCGGUCGCAAUUUGGCUCCCAGCGAGUUGCCCCCUGCCCAACGUGUCCAACUGAUGGGGUUAUGUGACCGAGCGUUGGCACGGGCUGUGGGAUUAUUGGGGGUGCAAAUGGUGGUGGGAGUUGGGCGUUUUGCUGAGCAAAGAGCCCGCAGGGCUUUGGCUGCUGCUGGGGUGACCGUAAGGAUUGAAGGUUUCCCACAUCCUUCACCCCGCAGCGCCCGAGCCAAUAAGGGUUGGGAGGAGCAGGCGAGGGCGAGGCUGGGGGAACUGGGGGUGCUGGAGUUGUUUCAGGAGGAGGGGGGGUCACCAGAAAGGGAUGGGAGUGGAUCUGAAAGGCCGUUGGUCAUAAAGGAGGAGGUGGAGGAGGAUUAGAGAGGGUCCGUGCCUCAGUUUCCCCUCUGGAGGGUUGGAUGGGUUGGGUUAGGAAAGGGGGAGGGUGUGGGUCUGUGCCUCGGUUUCUCCACUUGGGUGUGUGGGGGGGGGGGGGAUCCAGGCUUCACGUGUGCCCCUAUGAGGAGGUGGUGGGUUGGGGUUUUUUUUAGGGGGUGGCAAAGGAUGGCUCCGUGCCUCGGUUUCCCUCAUUAGAAAAGGCUGGUUUCCCUUUAGGAGGGGGAAGGGGGUGGAUCCUCACUCAUCCCUCUCCCCUCUCCCAGCUCAGGGUCUCAUUUCGUGCUGCCCAACCCCGUGCCUCAGUUUCCCCUCACAGAAGAAAGGACCCCAACCCCAGGAUGGAUUCUGCCUGGGGACCCAAACCAGCAGCUUCCAGUUUCCCCAGUCUGAGUAGUGUAACACUAAAUGGGCUGAGGCACAGUGGGGCAAUUUCCCCCCACCCCACACACAGAGCAGUGCCUCAGUUUCCCCCAAGAGCAGCCUGGCAGCCCAGCUCUCGUUCCCCACUCAACUUUGGGGUUUUUCACCCCAUAAUUUCCACUGAAAUCCCUCGAUUUUGGGUACAGUUUUUUAAUCAACACUUUAUUAAAGGACCCAACAGCCCCGCUUGCUCCUAGCAGGGGAAACUGAGGCACGGGGGGGGAAGGGGGGGGGACGUGGAGUGGGGACAGUGACAGCAUUAGGGUGACAGUUUCCCCAUGUCCCCAUGUGUGCCUCAGUUUCCCCUGCCACCAAUAAACGCUGUGUCCCAUGA